AAUUUUCACACGUCGUGCAUUCACGCUCGCAUCUCACAACCAAGAGGGAAAGACGAGCAGCCGUCAACCUCCGCCGUCGCGUUGCCUCCAUUUCUUCUGCUGCCUACCUAGCCCAAGUCGAUUACUUGCUUCCGAUCAGCCUAAGUUUUGUUGAAUGAUUUUUUAGCCCCGAUCGGCGCAUCCAUCGGUUAUUAAUGUGAUCUUGCACGCUAGUCCACAGGUAGCGCGACUAGCAAUCGCUCAACGCCAUCGCGCCUUUCACGACGGCUCUCGUAUCCUCACCUUUCACUGCCUCGAGCGUUUUUUUUCGCCUACGAAAAUAGUGUGGCUGUCGGCAUGGCGGCGAUCACCGCGCCACAGAUCACAGCCCUCACCCCCGCUCCGCACCUCGUUCGCCUAUCCCCGCGUAACCCGCCGCAGUUGACGGUCGAAAUGCAAGCAUGCGCUCAUUCCGACGAAAGUGCGGCUUCAGAAAUCAGACCACUCGCAUCCAGUAACGACAUUACGCUGGCGGGAUCCGCGCUUAAGGAUCAGAUGGUGCCUCCGCGCAGCGUCGAGGAAGCUCUUGCGCUCGUCAGCCCUAGCAGCAGCAGCCAGCAGCCGUCAGUUUCGCCGCCGGCGCAGUCAGCGUGCCAGUCAAGCAGCCCCGAGGCGAUAGCGAUGCCGGUGGCGGGAGAGAAGCGGCCGGCGGUGGGCGAUCCGAGCGCAGACGACGCCGCAGCCAUGCGCCCGCGGAAACUCUUCGCCGCAUCCAUUCCGCCCCUCACCAUCCCCACCGCGCCAUCCACCUCCACGUCACUAGCUGCGCUCAGUACCGCGCCUCUCCGCCUACCGUGCCUUGCGCCCGCGCCUCCUCCCCCGCAUCCCCAGGCCACCCCCUUUCCCCCCACCCCUUCCUCUGUCACACUCUCGAUCUCCUACCCUGCUACUCCUCUCCCCGUUCUCCCGCCGCGUACGCGUUAUGAUCCGGUGGCGUUUGCGCGCGGGAUGCAGGCGCUGCAGGGUACGCCACUCGGGCGGCUGCUCAACGCCACCCCCGAUAUCGUUGUGGACGGCGUUCCUCGUCGCGUCGUUUCCAGUAAGCCGCCCAGUAGUCCCGCGACGCACGGCGGGGUGGGUCAGUCGGCGUCGCCAGUCUCUCUAAUGCAGCUGCCGUCUCUGCCGUCUCUGCCGUCUCGUCUCGCCGGCAGCAUCAGCGCCAGCAGCGGUCUUCGCGCAGCGGGGCCCGUCAGACCGCGACUCCUCGUGCCGUCACCUGCUGCAAUCGCCUCUGCCAUCGCCGCAAAUGCCGCCGCGCCAUCGCCUGCCCGCACAUCGGAGUUCUUCCCCCAAACGCCCGCCGCUGCCGCUCCCCCCGCCCUCCUGACAUGCCCGAUCGUCGUUCCGCGCGUCAACUCUUCCGCGCAUCCGCCUUCCGUCGCCCAGCCCUUCCCCGCCAAUCUCGCUUCCCCCGCCGGAUGUGCCGGCGGCGCACGAGCGGCAGGUGCGGCGUUCGAUCCGCUGGUGGAGUGCGAGGAGAGUCUCGAUAGCUUAUCGGACCCGUCGAACCUCACGUCGCCCACCGCGACCAGCGCCUGUAGCAUGGGCCGCUGCGACGCCGACGACAACGGUGCGAAGGACGCGAUGUCGUCCGUCGCGCUGCCACGUGGGAGCAGCAGCGGCAGCGCCGCGCGUUGGGGACGCAACCGGUCCGUCACGAGCAGGCAAACGGCGGCCGGCAGGAGACGGCAGGGUACCGGCAAGUCUGCCGGAGCCGUCAAGCUUAACGGAGGCGCGAGUGCAGGGGCGGUAGGAACGGACGGAACAGGGGCGUGUGUGGUAACCACAUCGGGGCAGCGCGCUCUCCACACGCUGCACCCCGCGCCUGCUCCCCCCGCCACCGCCGCCGCGCGCCUCCUCCUUCACUCCGCCUCCGCUCGUUCCACCAGCGCCAAUCCCGCCGCCGCCGCCGCGGCAGCAGCAGCGGUCGCCGCCGCAGCGGGCUUCGGUUUCGCCACGCAGGAGCGCGCUCCAGGCGCGGCUGGCGGAGAAGCAGCGGAGCAGAUGGGCGCUCCGCAGCAGGGGCAGAUGCGCGGAGGCGGCGGAAACUACAGUGCGGCGCAGCAGAUGGGCGCUCCGCAGCAGAUGGGCGCUCCGCAGCAAAUGGUGUUUUCCCAGCGGAUGGUGAUUGCGCCGCAGCAGCAGCCACUGCUCUCCCUCUCCCUCCCCCCGCCGAUCGCGCGCAACCAGGGCUUCGUGUGGCAAGCUCCGCGACAGGCGCACGCGGAGGCCGCCCUUGCGGCGCCCGCCGCCGGGAAUCGCGGGCUGGAGGCGCUGCCAGACACUCAGCUGACGCUCGGGCGCUCCCCGCCGCCUCCCGCGCCGGCCGUUGGCGCAGCUGCGCACGUGCUGGUCGGCUCGGGCGACUGCGCCGAACCUCUUCAUGCCGAGCCUCACGCGGUGGUUGGGCCGAACGUCGAGCCGGAGCAGUCAGCUUCGGUGUCGUCGUCCGCGUCGACGACGGUGGUGACUCGCACGGAGUCGCAGGGGUGGAGCGACGCGAGCGACGAGACGGACGACGACGACGACGAGUGGGGGGAGGGCGACGGAGAGGAGGCGGAGAGUGAGGGGUGCGGAGGAGAAGACGGGGCGGAGCGGGGGACUAACGCGGGAGUGGGGGAACAGGUGGAAGGGGAAGCGGAGCCUGAUGGUGCGCAUGCGCUUGUGUCCGCCGCAACCCCCGCCUCUGUUGCCGCCCAUCCUGCUCCGUUCGCCGUGCAUUAUGCGCCUACUCUCUCCGGCGUCAUUGCUCCUCGCGCAUCGAGACUCGUUGGUUCAGACAUCACGAUCAGCGGCUUGCGCGCUGCAGAAACCAGCCAAUCACCAACUGCCAGCGGGGCGAUCCGCUUGGUCGGCUCAGCCAGCUCUUCCCCCAAAACCACGAAUCUGCGGCCCCCUUUCUCAGCGGCAACGCCAGCAGAGGAGAUGGAGGCGGAGCGGCUGCGGGAGAGCGUGGAGCAGUCGGCGCUCCCCAUGGUGUUUGCGAACCUCUCUUUCAAGGCCCUCUGGGUCAACGCCGCCUUCAACCGCCUCGUGGGGCAGAGUGGCUGCUCCUGGCUCUUCUCCCUCGGGGCUGCCUCGCUCCCUGCAGUCACGCUCGUUAGUAGCACUGUGAACGUGGGGGGAGAGGGAGGGGGGGAGUGCCCUGCGGUGAUGGAAGGGGGGCUGAGGGUGGGGGGAGAGGGGGAUGCGGAUAUGGGGGAUUGUGCAGCUGAUGUGACUGUGCCAGGUAUGGGUGCGGGAGAAGGCGAAAGGGAGGAGGGGAAGGAGGGGGGGGAGGAGAGGGAGGAGGUGGCUGAGGACAAUGGGGCUGAGGACGAGGAUGCCAUGGCAGCGGAGUCUCUGCUGCUCUUCACAGGGGCCAUGGCGUGAGAAGGGGGGAAGACAGCAAGCAUUGGGGUGGCGGGCAGCGGCGGUACCACAAGUGCAAGCAAGGCGUGCAAGCGCCGGCCGCACAGCGGUACCACCACAAGUGGGAUGCGAUGCAGCCAUGGCUGUGCAAGCUGCUGCAGCAUGACAUGACAUGACAUCAGCAGCAGCAUGGGGGACCCAAGGCAGGCAUUUCAGUUCUCCUGCCAAAGCUGGGAUGAAUUGGGGAGGGGAUAGGGUGGGCCGCCCUCUACAGGCUCUAGCCGAAGGCAGGGCAGGGCGAAGUUGGGAGCAAGUAAGGUUUUUUUAUACCAGACAUUCUUGUAAUUCUUUUGGUGCAGAAGCACCCCAUGCUCUUCGAAUAAUUGUGAUUUGCUUAC